AUGAAGUUCCUUGCCGGUCUCGUCCAAGCCGCCGUCGCGUCCCAAAUCGUGUUUGACAGCCACGACCCCGUCGACGAGGGAGCCGAGGGCACCACCAUCUCGAGAGAUUACGGCGCUGCCAUGCAAUUCCGCACCCCCGCGGCCGCGAACGACGCGUGCGACCCAGAAGGGCUCACCGUCGAACUUGUCACGUUUACCAUGCACACGGUCGAGACCGUGCCGCUCCUUGACGUAGCAUAA